AUGACCACGCCAAAGCCUGGCUUUCCUCCUCAGCCACCACGCCAUGAUUUGGAGGUGUAUGUGGCACGACAACAUCUUGGGGAACCAGUUGCACGUGUUGUUGGUGCACUUUCGUCCUAUGGUCGGCUCAAUAUCAAAGAGAUCAAUCAGAAAACAAUGCUAGGACUUAACGCUACCAAGCUGGCUGUGGUCGUAUUGUGCCAGCUCAACUGUUUAUACCACUGGAAGGUCAAGAAAGAUUUCAUUUACCAACUCAAUCCUGAGGGUCUCCAACUCUUAAUGCACGCAGGAGACAUCAUUGACCACAUCAAAAAACUACAUGGCGAAGGUGCUGCACAAAUCAUACAAAACGUUCUCGCAAAUGGUUCAGUUAGAAUCAAAGACUAUUGUGGUACGGGAGAAGACGAGAAUUUGGAGGAUCAAACACACUUUUUCAGAUUAUUCUCUGAAAAGUGGUUAAUGCGAUUACAACCCAAAGACUCUAGACCGAUAACUGAAGUGUGGGAUGAGAUAUUCCAUGAAGUUUUGCAGAAAAUUCCUCGGUCGCUGUCUGUUUCGGAAGUAAAGCGAGUGAAUGAGGCUAAAGAUAAGGCUAAGCUCAAAUUAAUGGAAAGUUUGGAGGAAGGCUUGGCCCCUAAAGACUUGUAUAACACCCAGAAUGGUGUAAAGCGCUUGAAACCAGACUUGGUUGUAAAAGUAAAUUGGUCUCGCUAUCUCAAACACUUGCGUACCGAGGCUAUUGUGAAUUUAGCGGCACUGCGCGUUGGUGCUGUAUCUGCCAAAAUUCUUGAGUUGGGAUUAAAGCAUAUCGAAGCCGGUACUCCUGAUCCCUCGGUAGUUCAUCCGUUUCUCCAAAUUCCGGGUCUUAUUAAUGACCCUGAAGAAGAACGACUGUUUAUCAAUCUGGUGGAAAACAAAUUGGUUGAAGAUCGAAAAAUUGUUUUUGCUGUUCACGAUGUUGUUCGUUUGCUUCCGCCUUAUAUUGAUGUGUCAAAUUCAAUAACUACAAAGGCUAAACGAGUUGCUGAAGAGGCAGCCGCGCAAGUCUCCACUAAACGGAUCAAAACAGAAGACGGAGAAGCUAUACCGGUCAAUUCAUCAACUACAGAACAAUAUGAGAGCAAAGUCGAUGACACCUCCAUUUCUGAUAUGGUACAACGUCAUUUAGAUCUUCUUGCUCGAGGUACACUGGUCUCUUUUCUCACUGAGGCAUCUCCAGGAAACUUCUUGGUCCCGUUCACUGCACUUAUAAAAACUCUCAAGGAACAGUAUAUGGAAACGAUUGUGAAGUCGACGUUUGGUGAUCACGCAUUCAGAGUAUUGCGUUGCUUAAAGCAACAGCGUGUGGGGGAUGAAAAGAGUAUCUCUAAUGCGGUUCUUUUACGGGAAAAGACAGUACGGAACGAGCUUUACAAGCUCACUCAAUUGAAUAUGGUGGAGAUUCAGGAAGUUCCACGUUCCGCAGACCGUGCAGCCUCCAAAACGUUCUUUCUCUUCAGACACAAUCCACGUCAUUCUUUUGACUUUCUCAAAGAGUCAUUGUUGUAUGAUAUGGUGAAAGUACUUGAGAAUAUCAAAGACUUCAAAGAGGAUCACAAAAUUCUUUUGGCGAAGUGUGAAAGGGAGGAUGUUAAGGGCCAUGAAGAGGAGUUAUUGUCGAGUCAGGAAUUCAAAACAUUGCGUAUGUUACAGAAUCGUGAAAUCGAAAAUAUGACCCGUUUCAGUCGCUUGAAGAAUUUGUAUAACGCAUUGAACUUAUAG